AUGUCUGUUAUGUCAACCCACACGCACGAAGAAGGCUGCGCGGAGUAUUGCACCUGUGCACCGCCGCCGGUAUACUCGCGCACACCCUCCGGAUCUGGUAGCAGGCAGUCUCGAUAUGACGCCCGCGAGGCAGCGGCGAGCGGACGACGUAGGCGGCCCCGUCUCGAACGAACCCCCAGAUCCCGCGCUAGUGAGGUAGCAUGGCCCGACGAUGCACCAUCGCGGGCGAAGUUGCUCACGUACAGCUUUGAGGGCAAGCUGGCGUACGUUCCGGCGGCUUCAUCACACGAGGAGGCGCUCGAAGCGGCGCUCGCGGCGUUUCCUUCACUGUCCUAUGUACGGCGGGAACGCAUACGAUUGCAUAUACGUUUCCUGAACCCCGAUACGGACGCACAAUCUCUAGUCGAAGUUGCAGUUUCACCGGAAGCAUGGUCGGAGCUGGUGGGCGACCUGCCGCCCUAUAACAUCGUGCACAUAAGCGCACCGAAGAGGCGAACGUUGACGAUAUCGGCGAUGGCGCGGCUGCUUUUAUUCAGCUCCAAAGCGCGUUCGCGAGGUCGCGCUCUCAAAGGACGACGGCGCGAUGUCGACGAACAGCUACCAUGGUGA